AUGGAGAAGAAACUUGGGAUGCAGAAUGAAGUUAAGGAAGCGGAAGUAGUUAAGGAGGAUGGAGAAGAAGUUAGGGAAGGAGAAAAAGUUAAGAAUGAAGAACAAGUUAGGGAAGGAGAAGAAGUUAAGGAUGGAGAACAAGUUAGGGAAGCAGAAGAAGAAGUUAGGGAUGGAGAAGUAGUUUGGGAUGGGGAAGAAGUGAAGGAAGGAGAAGAAGUUAAGGAAGAAGAAGAAGAAGAAGUUUUGGAUGUAGAAGAAGUUAAGGGUAAAGAAGAAAGUAUGGAUGGGGAAGAAGUUUGUGAUAGAGAAGAAGUUUGGGAUGGAGGAGAAGUUUGGAAUGGAGGAGAAGGACCGAAGGAAGGAGAAGAAGUUAAGGAUGGAGAACAAGUUAGGGAAGGAGAAGAAGAAGUUAAGGAUGGAGAAGUAGUUUGGGAUGGGGAAGAAGUGAAGGAAGGAGAAGAAGAGGAAGAAGAAGAAGAAGAAGAAGAAGUUUUUGAUGGAGAAGAAGUUAAGGGUAAAGAAGAAAGUAUGGAUGGGGAAGAAGUUUGGGAUGGAGAAGAAGUUAAGGAUGGAGAAGAAGUUUGGGAUGGAGGAGAAGUUUGGAAUGGAGGAGAAGAACCGAAGUAUGGAGAAGAAAUUAAGGAAGAAGAAGUUUAG